GUCACAUUUCCAUGAAAUCAACCCUCUUACUCCGGCCUAAACGGCCCAGUCCUCUCUUCUACCAACUCCUCCACCCACCCACCCACGCCUCAUCAAGUACAGCCCGCCAUGUUCCAUUUCCCCCUCCAUCCGGCCCCAAAACUCCCCUCCGUUAUCCGCCCUCCCGACAAAAACCUUCCUCCGUUCGCUACUAUUCACUUCCGUAAUGGCCUCUCCCCUCCUCCGCCCCUGCCUCUCACUCUUGAAAUACAUGGUCGACUCCCAGUCCAUACUCUUCAGCCCCGGCAGAAACCCAGUGGUGAAUUAUCUCCUCAGACGAACAAUCUACGAUCAUUUCUGCGCCGGGAUCAAUGAAAACGAGGUGCGGAAUACCGUCCAGGAGAUGAGGACGUUGGGUUUCAAAGGAGUGAUUCUGGGUUAUGCGAGGGAGUCGAUCGCCAAAGUGGAGGAUAUUGAUCAGACUCAGUCGGCGGAAGAGAAGCAGGAGGUGCUGGAUCGGGCGGUGGAGGAAUGGAAGCAGGGAACUUUGAGGACGUUGAGGAUGUUGGGGAGGGGGAAUUAUUUGGCUGUUAAAUUUACCGGCGCCGGACCCGCAGCCGUGGAGGCGCUCUCACGCGGUGACCCCGUCCCUCCGCCCCGGAUCUACGAAGCCAUUACGGAGAUCUGCGAUGCCGUUGCGGCGCAAGGCUCACGGGUAUGGAUCGACGCGGAGCAACAAAUCUUCCAGUCUGCGAUUGAUGCGUGGGCGGUGGAUUUGAUGCGGAAGUAUAACCGGGAUAAUGUGAAUGCGGAUGCUCCUGUGGUUUUGAAUACGUAUCAGGCGUAUCUGAAGUCGUCGACGGCUACGUUGAAUGCGCAUCUUCAGCUCGCUGAGAGAGAAGGUUGGGCGAUGGGAGUCAAGUUGGUACGGGGAGCGUAUAUUGCACAUGAUCAUCGGGACCGGAUUCAUGAUACCAAGGCCGAUACGGAUAAGAACUACAAUCAUAUUGUGGAGAGUUUGAUUACGAGACGGUAUCCGUUGGGAGGGGAGCCAGGACAGUCGUUUCCCAAGGUGCGUCUGUUUGUGGCAUCGCAUAAUGGGGAGAGUGUGCGGAAGGCGUGUGCGUUGUAUAGGCAGCGGAUGGUUAGUGGGUUGCCGUCGAUCCCGGUGGAAAUGGGACAGCUGCAGGGUAUGGCGGAUGAGGUCAGCUUGGGGAUGGUGGGAGGGUCGAGUGAGGGGGAGGUGCCCGGUGUGUUCAAGUGUUUGGCGUGGGGGUCGACAGAGGAGUGUCUGCAUUUCUUGUUGCGGAGGGCCGUGGAGAAUCAGUCGGCUAUGGAGAGGACGAGAGAUACGGCGAGGGCGUUGAGAGGAGAGGCUUGGAGGAGAUUGGGUGGAGGGGCUGUGUUGUGA